AUUGAUUGGCAUCCCUGUGCUGUAUCCUGGUUACGUGAUAGAUCAGAUGAUUCCUGGCCACAACAGAUCAGUACUCUACAAAUUGCUCCAAGCCGGCCAUUUCCAGGAGCGUGUCUGAGUUGAUCACCCCAAAGCUCAACAUGCCUCAGUCGUUCGGUUCGCCUGGUGGCCCGUCCAUUCUCGAUACCCUGCUUGUCACGGGACUCGCUCCCCCGGGGCUGAACGAUUCAGAGAGAAGCUCAGCAGAGUGGCCAUCCCAGGAGGGCCCUGGUCAUCGGGACACAGUUUCUGGGGGACACCAAUGCUGGCCUAUCCGCCCCACCCUCAGGAAUGAGCUGGAUACUUUCUCUGUCCAUUUCUACAUAUUCUUUGGCCCGAACAUCUCUGUGCCUCCAGACAGACCGGCUGUGUUUGUGAUCAAUCUGGUUCCAGUUCUGGACAGCGGAGGUGUCCUGAACAUGGAGCUCAAACUGAACACCUCCUCAGUGAAAGGAGAGAACGUGACAGUGAUUGGCUGCUUGAAUCACGGGAUGCCUUUAAUAUCAUCAGAAAACACCUCAAUCCGCUGUGAAUCAGAAACGUCCGCGGGGUUUCUCUUGUUGGUCAACUCUACCUCAAAUGUAACGCGGCUGCGUAUCCCUUACCCUCAGACAGGAAAUUGGUACAUCAGUCUACGUUCCCUCUGCUCGACUGACUAUGGGUAUGAAGAGUGCACCAAUGUGACAGCAGAGGUGUAUCUGAGAACAUAUCUGACUCCGUGUAUAAAUGAGUGUGGCACGUAUGGACAGUGCAAACUGCUACGCACCAACAAUUACCUGUACGCUGCCUGUGAAUGUAAAGCAGGUUGGAAUGGCUGGGGUUGUACUGAUAACCUGGAGGCUUAUUCAUACAGCUUCCAGCUCCUCUCCACCCUCCUGCUGUGCCUCAGCAACCUGAUGUUCGUCCCGCCUGUCGCCAUAGCGAUUCGCAGCGAGUAUCUCCUGGAGGCCUCUGUCUACAUUUUCACCAUGUUUUUCUCAACGUUUUACCACGCGUGUGACCAGCCUGGGAUCGUGGUCUUCUGUAUCAUGGAGUAUGAUGUGCUGCAGUUCUGUGACUUCCUGGGAUCACUGAUGUCUGUCUGGGUCACGGUUAUUGCCAUGGCGAGGCUGCAACCAAUCAUCAAGCAGAUCUUGUACUUGCUGGGAGCCAUGUUGCUGUCGAUGGCUUUGCAGUUGGAUCGGCAUGGACUGUGGAAUCUUCUGGGACCAAGCCUCUUUGCUCUCGGCAUUAUGGCCAUCGCUUGGACUGUACGUACAAUCCGCAGACGUCACUGUUACCCUCCGACCUGGAAGCGCUGGGUCUUCUACCUUUUCCCUGGCACAGUCAUCGCCACGUUCGCCGUGGCGCUGUACGCCUUCGUGGAGACUGAGGAGAACUACUUCUACAUCCAUAGCAUCUGGCACAUGCUGAUCGCUGGCAGUGUGGGCUUCCUGCUGCCUCCCACCACCAGGCCCGAGGGAGCGGCCAACGCCAAAGGGGUGGUCCCUCUGCCGAGGAAGAGGGGCUGCGGAUACCGUCUCUGUGUCAAUGAGCACGAGGAGAUGGGGUUGGUCGAUCCAAGCCUAGUAUCUGUGAACAGCAUUUGCAGCAGCUGAUGUUGCUGGGAGUUGGACUUGCAGUAAAACAACAGGAAUUCCCUCUCUCUCUCUCUUUGUACACCCACCAUGCCCCAACCUUGAUGAAAAACUGGGAUGAACGUCACAGAGAACAGAGAGAGAGGGAAAUAUGAACAGGUGCUCUGUACAUAAACCAAACCUGAGACUGGGCAGCUCCAGAACUUUCCAUUCUGUCAUUGGAAUCUCCACAUGCCUUCUCACCUACCCACUCUCGACCCCCUCCAGAACUAUUUGAAAUGCAAGAAUGGGGAGAGGAGGGCUCCCUCAG